AUGGAUAGGGAAGAAAGCCCUUUAAGAGGUGAAGAUAUGUUUGUUGAAGAGAUCAUACGGGCUAGAGUACCAAGAAAUUUCAAAAUCCCUGACAUAGAUCUCUUUAACGGAACAACCGACCCAAGGUAUCAUCUUAACAAUUUCAAAAGUCGGAUGUACCUAGCCAACGCCUCUGAUGCUACUCAUUGCAAAGCCUUCCUGACAACCCUAAUCAAAGUCACAAUGAAGUGGUUUGACAACUUACCUCCCAGGUUGGUAACUUGUUUUGACAACUCGGUGAGAAAGUUUCUUACUAGGUUCUCAAUUCAGAAAGAUAAGGCGAAGCAUGCCCCGAGCUUGCUAGGAGUUAAGCAAGAAAUCAGAGAGACACUCCGAGAUUACAUGGAGAGAUUCAACAAAGCAUUGUUAGAAAUACAAAACUUACCUAUUGAAGCAGUUAUAAUGGGGCUAGUUAAUGGGCUUAAAGAAAUGUCGUUCUCUUUGUCCAUAUCCAAGCGACACCCAGAUUCCUUGUACGAGGUACAAAAAUGGGCAAAAAAAUAUAUCAACAUGGAGGACGACUAA